CUUCCGAAAAGCAAUUGAAUUCUCUGAAAAUAAAUCCUCUUGUUUGUAGUUUUUUUUUUUCCCCUUUUCCAGUAGAUGCCUGAUAGUUCUACUUUGGUUCUAGGGUCAAUUCGUGAUUACCUAUAUGCAGCAGGAAUCUACUACGACUUAAAAUUUCAUUACCGAGCAGCAAAGAAGUCUGAUGACAACUUAUACAGUUGAACUGGAUCCAACCUAUGCCAUGACCAUGAAUUAUGAUGCCGGGACAAGUGUGAAAAGACAUAUUGCUGAUGGCAAAACCGCUCCAUUUUUCCAUUCUGCUAAUGUGACAUUUCAUUGGCGAAAUGGUGAAAGUUUUUUGCCCAGAGAUACGCUUCCACUUGAACCUCCACAACCACUUUCUUAUCCAUCUGAAGACUUCCUGAUUCACCAACAAAAGGAUCUUAGGAUGUAUUAUGGGGCAAUCAGUCCUGUUUCUUUACCAUUGUAUUUUGCAAAACCACCAGCAAAUGCCUGUCCUCAGUCUUCGACGUUUUGUCCUAGUUUGUAUGCACCGUCUUCACCAGUCUUGGAACAUAAUCCAAAGAUGGGAAGCAUUCCCUUUCUUCCCCAUCCUAAGAUGGUGGACUAUCCGGCUCCUCUGGUCCAACCAUCGACACAUACACUCCUCCCAACCCAAGGAGGUUUAUCCUAUCAAAUGAACAUAGACAAUCACCUACAAGACAUGAUGAAGAGGCCUCCUGAACUGCCAGGAGAUAUUUCGCUUGAAGAUUUUGAUUGUGAAAUUGGGGAGAACAGUUUCCCCCCGAAUACUGCUCAAGGAGAGGGUUGGCAAGUGGAAUCUGAUCAUCUUGAGCUGAUCAUUGGCAACGAUGAAAAUCCUACAAUGGAUGAAAUUUAUGGGGCUACACUGGAUUCCCCCGCCUGCACAAUGAAAUCGCAAGACAACCAGAUAUGCAAGAAAAUUGUCUAUCCUGUUGAGGAACUAUUCGAGCCGGAUCCCUCCAUCUCUGUAUCUGACUCUGCAAGCAAGCAUCGAAUGCGGUGGACCAUAGAGCUCCAUGACUGCUUUGUGAAAGCUGUUAAUGAUCUUGGUGGCGCUGAUAAAGCAACCCCGAAAUGCAUUUUGAGGAAAAUGAAUAUCAAAGGACUAAAAAUAGAACACGUGAAAAGCCACUUGCAGAAAUACCGUCUCACCAUAUGCCAGCCAGAAGCCAAAGAAGAUAAAAGGUCUACCUGUUCAGAAGGAAAGAAGAGGAGUUCGAUUGAUUGGGAGAGUCGGGCCUCAAGAAUGGCUUCAAAUGAACAUGGAUCACUGCGCAUGAGAUUUGAGCUUCAAAAAAUCCUUCGUGAACAGCUUGAGAUUCAAAAAGCGCUACAACUACAAGCCAAAGAAAGUGCCCAGCAGCUGCGGAUUUUGGUGGAGGAACAGAGGAAAGUAAGCCGAGCAGUCAUGCUAACACACCUACCUCUGUCUUCAACUAGUUCGGUUAAUGCAAAAGGAUCACCAUCUGAGCCUUUGUCUUCAGAUGAAGUGCAGCUUGCAAUUGAAAGAUGUCAUGGAAAAGACGAGCAUUGUAAUGAUAGUAUCGAGGAGGACAGGUUGACUUUGGAGUUAGAUGUUGAAUUGCUGUCCCCAUCCCCGAAAAGAACAAGAUUUGAUAUCGAGGACCCCAAUGUUUCUAUCUCGAACAUGUCUCAGAAGCCGUAGGUAAACUUGGAACAUGCAAUCAGAAUAUGAAGUGACAACCGGGACUUGCAAAAGGCUUCUUCAGAAAAAGAUCAGAUGCAAUGCCUGAACCAUAGUUUCUGGUUCUUUGUCAGUUCACUUAUACACAGUUGGGAGUGCAGUAAAUUUUCACUGUAGUUAUGAAACAAAGAUCCUAAACUUGCUAUUUCUUCUAAAUCAGCCUUUUCUGCUAGACGAAAUAAACUUGGCAGGAAAUGUGGUUGAGAAGCUCGCCUUUUUGUUUCAGGUGCAGAACUUUUGUUUGGUGUUUCUCUAUCAUUUUUUUUCCAGUUGAGAUUGUUUUGAAUUUUUUUUGGUUAA